AAUUUUUUAAUCAUGUGUUUGUUGUAAUUUUUUUUUAUAAAUUAUCAAAAUGUGCGACAUAUUCCCUGAAGUUUAUUCGUGCUUUUUCAUCAUAUCUAUGAGAAUCGGGAUGCUCUUAAUAUCAGUAAUAGCGAUAAUGACAGGAGUUCUGACCCUUAGUGUGAUCUUGAAGAAUACAGAACUCAGUUAUGAGAAAGUACAAAUUCUUACUCACAUAAAAAAUCCAAGUGAUGCUCUUCAGAGAUUAAACACCCUGGUAACGUCAGGUAUCAGCAUGAUGUCUUGCAUAUUCAUGUUCACUGGCCUGGUGCUGUUGUUCGGGACUUUAAUGGAUAAUGACGGCUUUAUUCAAAUGUUCGUGUGGAUAACGUUCCUUAACGUGGUAUUCGGUUUAAUUCUGGUGAUAGCUGUUGGUUAUGAGUGCACGAUGAUGGGUUCCUGUGUCCUCGCCGGUAUGGACUGGCUCUCUGGAUCAACAUUACUUGUAUGUAUUGUGGGGUAUCUGUGUUUGUGGAUAUACUUUAUCUCUAUCGCCAACAGCUACGUUAUGUCAGUAAACGUGUAAUGAAAAAUUCUUUUAUCAUGUUAACUGUAUGGAAAUCUAUUUGGUCUAAUAGAAAUUAAGUAUCAAGAUGUACUAAGAGUUUUUAAUAAAUAUUCG